UAAAUCCUGCAUGAGCCUGCGCCGUAUUGACAGUGCUCUCGAGAAACGGGCGAGAUCUCGAAACGUACGAUCUCGAAUCGUGUCGCGGCGCGGUACGUGAGUGCGUUGUGUAUUUGUUUCCCUCUCGCCGUGCGGACUCGAUCGGAAACAUGACGCAAGAAGGCCAGAUACCUCCUCCCCCGGUUAUGUGGGCCCAAAGGAAAGAUAUCUUAUAUGUCACUAUUUGUCUAGAAGAUUGUAAGGAUCCUAUAAUCGAAAUUGAACAAAACAAAAUAUAUUUCAAAGGAGAAGGAGGCACAGAUAACAAAAUGCAUGAAGUUACGAUUAAUUUAUACAAGGAUAUUGUUCCAAGCAAAACUGUAAAAAAUAUGAAAGGUAGAACCUUUGAAUUAGUCCUUGUUAAAAAAGACGAGGGACCAUAUUGGCCACGAUUAAUCAAGGACAAGACAAAGGCGCACUGGUUGAAGAGCGAUUUUAACAAAUGGAAGGAUGAGGACGAUACUGAAGAUGAAGGCAGUCCACCUGACUUAGAAGAGAUGAUGCGGCAAAUGGGUGGUUUGAGCGAUUCCGCCGAUAAGAAACCGAAUUUCGAUGACUUAGACGAUUUAGGGGACGCCGAGGCCGACAGUGACGACGAAGAUCUUCCGGACUUAUAUGAUUAAGACGAUGAAUAAUUGUAUCGAUUAAUUAAAUAAUUAAUUACAUUAAAGACAAAUGGCAACCUGAUGAUAGCGCACGAUUCGGGCAAUAUUUCAGUAGGCCUUGCUGUUUGUAUUCUUCUAUCGCAAGUAAUUUUGCAAAUUCGCUAAUGGUCGUGUUGCAAGUAGCAAACUGAACGAGAGCAAAAUGUGCUAAAGGGAAAAGACCGAAAUAGAAAGAUAAAGCACAGUGCAUACUCUAAAGAGUUGUCUACAACGCGGUCGUAGUUACGCUUUAAAGUCGUAGCAUCAAUCUGUAUAUCGAUCAUUUAUCUGUUUCAUUCGUAAGAGAUAAAAAGUUUUAUGGAAAAAUUCGAUAAAGCUUUAUUUUUCAUAAGUUUAUACGAAGGAAAUAGAUACGUGAUUUAUUUACGGAUUAGUACUACGAUUUUAAAAUAUGACUGCGACCGCGUUGUAGACAAUCCCUUAAACCGAGUUAUACACGUCUUGGGGAUCCUUCACACCUCUCCUCCCUGUUAGCCUGUAGUUCAUAUACUAAGUUAUAAUGGACAAGCUUUUUUAAUAAUGUAUCGUAUAAAUUACUAAGGAGAGAUAAAACAAUGGGAGUAACAGAAAUCAUCCGUGAAAUUGUUCAUUUUGUAAGAUCCUACAAAGCAUUACUCGAUAGGCAUGGCAAGUGUUAUUAUAAACGUUAUAUGGUGAGAUAAAAAUAUCGAUACUUUA